GGUACUCGUCCACCGUACCAUUACAGACAACACAUUGAGAUCAAGAUACGGGAACCGACAAGGAAAACCCAGGAUUUUAAAAUAGAGUAGUACAGUUUGUUGUGAAGUUGCGAAGAAGUUUCGAACAAUCUUCGAAUUUCUAGCUGCCACCACAAUCGUUACAAUAAAGGAGGAAAAACCUACCCACCACUUCAACAUGACAGAAGUUCGACGCUCCGAAUUGGGUGGCCAUUUGGGUCUGUUUGCUCUGAAAGAUUUCUCAGCUGGAGAUGUUAUUCUCGAAGAAAUGCCCGCAGUAACAUUGGCUCCAUCGAAUGAUGAAGUUUCUCAAGAUCUUCUGUUGGAGUGGAAAAGUGGAUCAUCAAAGAAAGGAAGGAACGUUACUGGAAAGCGCAAAACGAUAUGGUCUUCUAUAAAACCGCCGCCUUCGAAGUUGGUACCCAACCAUUUGCGUGGCACUUUCAAGGGAAUGGUGCAAGCAGGCAUCGUUUUCAUGAAAAACUACAAGGAUGAUAUUGGACCAGAAAAGUUAGAGUCAGUCCUUGAACUAUAUCAUCCAGAAGAAAACACAGCCUCAGAUGCAGAAAAAUACAUCAUUAACGUGGCAGAUGAGGCAAUUCUUUAUUUAAAGCAGCACAUAACGACUACAAAAACGACUGGAGCAGUAUUUUCCAAUUUCGAUGACUGGGACAAACUACACAAAGUUCUACUGAUAUGGGCUUGCAAUUCAUUUCAAGGCGGUCGUUUGUAUCUUGAAAUAUCUCGAGUGAACCACAAUUGUAAUCCGAAUGCUUUGAUUCAAACAUCAGGUGUGGAGCACAACGACAACGAAAGCGAUGGUAAGAACGAGGGGCAGAAAUUGAUGGCGGCGACGAAGAUCAAAAAGGGGUCCGAGAUUUUUAUUUCGUACCUUGGUCUGUUCCUCUACACAGACACAGCCACUCGGCGAAAGAAACUAGAACGCACGAAAUUCUUUAUGUGCGUAUGUUCCAGGUGCACCGAAGCGAUAACUAAAGGCGUGGAAGGAGCCGCACAAAUCCCAUGUCUGACUGCUCACCCGCGAAACCAACAGAUGUCACUCGACGAAGACGUCCAAUAUGAUGACGAUCAGACCGUCAAAUACACCUUUUGGGGCUUGCCUGAACAAACGGGAGGGACCGACGAUGACAAAAUACGCAAGGUUCUUCGCAAUGUCAGCGGAAAAGUGGAACUAUUUUUGGACACAUACGACGAUGGACAAUCAAAGAGCGAUGAAAGUAGUGGCGACGACAGCCAGGAAGCGAAAGAUGCCAUUUUAGAAGAGCACGCAAGCCUGGCUUCAACAAUCAUGGGCGACAGACAMUGGACAACCAAUUUGACCUUACUGCUUCAUCUAGACACCCGUUUGAAAGCCAUGUCACAACGCAUGAUAGUCACACAGGAACUCCCCGAGGAGGAGGACAUUGCAGAAGCCAUUGAUAGCUUGCAGCGGAUAUCUCGUUUUGUAGACUCCAUAAACCUGGAUAUAUGUCCAGGGCAUUUGUUAGGGGACGUGACCAUCGGGACUGCCCGAAUGCUUAUUGCGAUGGGGGAUGAAAAAUCACAAAAAUAUGGGGCAGAUUGGUUGUGCAAAAUUGAAGAUUACGUCGAUAAAUUUGCGAACAAAGGUGUGCAGAAAGUUGUAUCAGUGUUGAAGGUUGCAUGGAAGAAACACAACCGAUCCAAUGAUGACGCUGAUGUCGAAUCCCCGACUAAGAAGAAAAAGGCAAAGGUUGUUUAAUGAUUAACACAUGGCAUGAUUUGCUGCAUAUUAUGCUGUACGAGAAUGCAUGCUACUAAGCAACAAAUAGAAUACAACAAAAAAUUAACA